AUGUUUCGAGACCCAUUCACCCUUGACCCUGAUAAACUGGCUCUGUGUGAGGUGCUUGACAGCAACCGCGUGCCCAAAGGAAGUAAUCAGCGCUCACAGUGUGUUAAAGUCAUGGACCAAGUUAAAGAAUUUGAGCCGUGGUUUGGGAUGGAGCAGGAGUAUACACUGUUUGGUUUGGACGGAAAGCCCUUUGGUUGGCCUCCACAGGGAUGCACAAAAAGAGUGCAUUGUGCUGUGGGCAUUGACAAUGUGUAUGGAAGAGAUAUUUGCAUCUGUCACUACAGAGCGUGCCUGUAUGCUGGUGUGAAGAUCAGUGGCACCAAUGCAGAAGCAUUAGCCUCCCAGUGGGAGUUCCAGGUUGGCCCAUGUGAGGGGAUUGAAAUGGGAGAUCAUCUGUGGAUGGCGCGUUACAUUCUGCACCGUGUCUGUGAAGACUUUGGAGUUGUUGCCUCCUUGGAUGCCAAACCCAUCGAGGGCAAUACUGGCACAUCAGGCUGUCACACCAAUUUCAGCACCAAGGAGAUGAGGAGUGAAGGAGGACUUCAGUACAUUGAAGAGGCAAUCAGAAGGCUGAGCAAGCGUCACUCUCAGCACCUCCGUGUCUACGAUCCACACGAUGGCGCUGACAACAUGAGACGCCUCACUAGUCAAUUAACUAACUCCAGUUUUCAUGAAUUCUCCACAGCCAUAGACUCUCGUUCG